UUUUUUUUUUUUUUCAUUUUCCCUUCACAGAUCGACCCCCCCUCCCCCAAGCCAAAAAAAACCCUAGCCCUCUUCGAUCUGGCAUGGCCCCUGCAGUCCUUUUCGCAUCAGCCUCCCUCCGACGAGGUUAAUCGCGGCCGCACUCUCUUUCCCUCCGACGAGUUUGGUCGGCGGUCCUUCGCAACUCACUUUCCCUCUCACAUGCGACGAGGUCUCGAGGGUACUGGAGCCCUUCGCAGCACUCUUUCCAUCUUUGCACGGAAUCAGGACUUCGGCCGCAUCAACCUCACGCACGGUUGCUGCUAAGAGGAUAACAAUCUGUGGAUUUGUUGAAACCCAAGCAUCCAAGCUUUAAGUUGUUUAAUCACAUAAAUGGACAAGAGUUGGAUGACGAAAUCUCGAAGCAGUACCGAAUAUAAAGAAGGAGUCAACCAAUUUCUUAAUUUUGCAUUUCAAAAUGCAUCACAUAGUGGCAAAAUUAUGUGUCCUUGUAUUCGUUGCGUUAAUUGUUCUUUCCAAACAUAUGAUGAUGCUAAGGUACACUUGAUAUGCGAUGGAUUUUUAAGAGGAUAUACUCGUUGUAUUUGUCAUGGAGAAGAUCCUAUAACAUCAUUAUCCUCUACAAACCCUGCUGCAUCUUCCACCUCUAAUCAGACCUCUUAUUUACAAACAAACACAAGUAGAUUAGAUGACAUGGAUGGUCUUUUGCAUGCUGCUAUGGGUAUAUUUAGUGAGGGAACUAAUGAGAUAAACUUAGUUGCAAAUGAAACAAAUGGACAACAAUCUAGUAGAUUUGUUACUAUAGAGCAAGCUAGUGAAGAGGUUGAUGCACAGCAGCAUACAGAAAGGAAUGAUGCAGAACAUCAUAGAGGAAGCUCUUCUAGGGAAACAAGCGAGUUUUUAAAGUUUUUAAAAGAUGCAAAUGAAGAGCUUUAUCCUGGUUGCAAGAAAUUUUCAAAAUUAUCAUUCAUAAUUCAUUUAUUCCACUUAAAAUGUUUAAAUGGAUGGACAGGAGAAUCAUUUAGCAUGUUGCUUGAGCUAUUGAUUGAUGCAUUUCCAGAAGGAACUUCAUUGCCGCGGUCCACAUAUGAGGCAAAAAAGGUCAUCAAGGCUUUAGGACUUAGCUAUGAAAAGAUUCAUUGUUGUCCAAAUGAUUGUUUGCUAUUUCUGGGUGAGAAAGCAAAUGAUGAAGUGUGUCAUGUAUGUGGUUCAUCUCGAUGGGUUAUCAAAAAGCAAGUGGAUAAAGAAAAAAAAACUCAGGAUGAGGAAACAAACAAUGUUCCUAUUAAAAAAAAAAAGGCAGCAAAAGUGCUUCGAUACUUUCCAUUGAUACCACGACUUCAAAGACUUUUCGUAUCCACAAAAACAGCAAAGGAUAUGAGAUGGCAUGAGGAGGGUCGCGUAAAAGAUGGAUUGUUAAGACACCCUGCGGAUGGUAAGGCAUGGAGGGCAUUUGACGAACGUUAUCCAGAUUUCUCCUCUGAUUCUCGCAAUGUGAGGCUUGGUCUUGCUAGCGAUGGUUUCAAUCCAUUUAGAACAAUGAAUACUACUUAUAGUACCUGGCCUGUUGUUGUUAUUCCAUAUAACUUACCAUCUUGGAUUUGUAUGAAGCAGUCUAAUUUUAUCUUAUCGAUGAUUAUUCCAGGUGAAAAAAGUCCAGGAAAUGAUAUUGACAUUUUCUUACAACCCCUAAUAGAUGAGCUAAAACAAUUGUGGGGGGGAGUAGAUACAUAUGAUGCUUCCACUGGACAAACAUUUCAUUUACGGGCUAUGUUAAUGUGGACUAUAAAUGAUUUUCCUGCUUAUGGAAAUUUAUCUGGAUGGAGCACUAAAGGAAAGUAUGCAUGUCCAUGUUGUGCUGAAAAUACACAUUCUAAGUGGUUGUACAAUGGUAGAAAAUAUUGUUAUAUGGGUCAUCGUCGAUGGUUACCCGAGGAUCAUACUUUUCGAUAUCAAAAAUAUUACUUUGAUGGUAGUGAGGAGCUAAGAAUGGCACCUGAAAUAGCAAGUGGAAGCAAUGUACUAGGACAAUUAGAAUCUGUGAAAGUCACUUUAGGAAAGCUUCCAAAUGAAGAAGGCAAAUUUAUGAACAAUCGAAAGAAAAAUAAAAAAGGCAAAAGAAAACGAAAAAGACAAGUACUGGAUGAGAUUGGAGAGUCACAUGAGCAAGAUUUAGGCACAAUGAGUGAAGCACGUUGUGAUGCUAUGAAGUGGUGGAAGAAAAAAAGUAUAUUUUUCACUUUACCUUAUUGGGAGCAUAACUUGAUACGUCACAAUCUGGAUGUGAUGCAUAUAGAGAAAAAUGUGUUUGAUAAUUUUAUUGGAACUUUCUUGAAUCUUGAUAAGAAAUCAAAAGAUAAUCUUCAGGCCCGUCUAGACUUGAUAGAUUUGGGUAUUAGACCUGAGCUCCACCCUCAAAUUCUUGCUAAUGGUAAGAGAAGACUACCUCCAGCUUGCUUUACGAUGUCAAUGGAUGAGAAAAGAACUCUUUGUCAAGUUCUCAAAGAUUUGAAAAUGCCCGACAGUUAUGCUUCAAAUAUUUCUAGAUGUGUAAAUCUCAAAGAAUGCAAAAUUACCGGACUUAAAAGUCAUGAUUGUCAUAUUUUAGUUGAAGAUAUUCUUCCACUUGCAUUACGGGCAUGUAGUCCUUCCAAUCAAGUUACUUUUGUAGUAACUGAGGUGGCGAACUUUUUUAAGGCAAUAUGCUCUAAAGUGUUAGAUGUUGAUGAAUUGGACAAAAUUCAAAAUCGCAUCGUAUUGACACUUUGUCAUAUGGAGAGAAUUUUUCUUCCAUCAUUCUUCACUAUCAUGGUACAUUUAUGUGUUCAUUUGGUAGAUGAGAUAAAACUUGGAGGCCCCGUACAAUAUAGGUGGAUGUAUCCUCAAGAGAGGUUCUUUGUUCGCUUAAAAUCAUAUGUUCGCAAUAGAGCUCAUCCUGAAGGAUCAAUUGCUGAAGGGUAUAUAGCUGAAGAGUGUUUAACGUUUUGUUCAAGAUAUUUAGAUGGAGUUGAAACAAGGUUCAAUAGACCUGUGAGAAAUCCUGACCCACUUACAAAUGAAGUACAACGAUUGUACUUGUUCUCAAGCGCGGGUCGAGCUAUAGGAAAAGUUGAAGAUAUUGUCUUGGAUGAUAAAUCAUGGGUCCAAGCACAUCGUUAUGUAUUACGUCAUUGCGAUGAAAUACAGGGAUUUCGUCAACAAUUCAUUGAUAUGGAAAAAAGAAAACGUCGCCGACAUACUCACUUAACCGCACAAGAAAUAGAAAAUUUAGUGAAUGAAAAAUUUCAUGAAUGGUUUGACAAGCAGGUUAUGAAAGCGGAUGAUUCAGCUAUUUCCGAAAAAGUUGCAACGCUUGGUAGGGGUCCUAAUAAAGUAGCUAAGCGAUUUUCAGGAUUUAUCAUCAAUGGAUUUCGAUAUCAUACGAUAUCUCGUGAGGAGAAUAUGUUGACACAAAAUAGUGGUGUGGUUAACACAUCAGAGAUAGAUGGUGUGAAUUACUAUGGCAGGCUUCGCGAUAUUAUUGAAUUAAAUUACUAUGGUAGUUUUAAGGUUGUCUUAUUUAAAUGCGAUUGGGUAGAUGUCCAUCACAGUUCGGGAAUCAAGCAAGAUGAAUUUGGGUUCACCUCUGUAAACUUUUCUCGUUUAAUACACACAGGUGAAAAGUUGGAACAUGAUCCGUAUGUAUUUUCAUCUCAAGUUGAGCAAGUAUUUUAUGUACAAGAUCCACAUCACCAGAAUUGGUUUUCGGUUGUAAAGUUUAAACCAAGGGAU